CAGAUCGAACUAAAUUAACAUUUCGACCUUUCACGAAAAUCUAAAUUUCUGUUUUGCCAACGCCCAUCAGUCAAAGUCAUGUGCAUGCCGUACCUGGGUAAAUUGUUCGGCGGCGAUAGACGUCGGCGGAGCCAUGGAAGAGAGAGCAUGGCACCAACACCGCAGCAAUCGAGCGCGACCAUCCAGACGACGACGACCACCAAUAUCGGCACCGGGAAUAAGGAAUCUGUGUCGCGAGUGAAGCCCGUGGCCAAUACUGCAGCCCAGCGAUCGCGAUCCGCGGUCGGCCUGAAGCGUGAGGCAUCCAAGGCCACGGCAGCCAAUGCAAGCGUUAGUCAAGUAGCCCCAGAGUCGGCUGCUGCACCUCCUGAGGCAGCAAGCACAUCAAGGCCAACCUCUUGGUGGGAAUACUUCGGAAUGAAUAGGAACAAAAAGGGUAGCAUCGAUUCGCUGUAGUUGGGACCAGUUGGCGUACAGUUUACUUCGUUAUGUUCAACGCUCAGGUAUCGGAUUCCGGAUUCGAGGUGGAAUUUUUAUGCUGACACUAUUUGGACAACGGCUGAGAUGAUGAGAAAAGGACACGGCCCGACAACCCAUCAAAAUUUCAUCAAGAACGCCCAACAACUUGACGUUACUUCAUGCCAGUUGGAGAUAUUUAUAAAGGCCCCCUGAUAUUUACCUUCUGAACUACUUUGGUUUCAAAUUGAUUACAGCUGCAUUAUGAAUUUAUUUAAUUAAGCUGCAAAGCUUAUCAUAUAAAAA